AACCCCUUUUCUCUCCCAAAAGGAAACCUAGCCGUCACCAUCCACCCCACCCCCCAUCACGUCACUUCCAUCGCUUCACCGCCACCGCACCCAUCGGACCACUGGACAAACGCCAGUGCCUACUCCUGUGUCCCGCUUCUUCAUCACCCAUCUCUUAUCACCUAUCACCUUUCUCCUUUUUGAAGACAUUUCCAAAAGCUGAAAAGGGAGAAAUUCUAAAAUCCUUUGGUCUUGAAGAUAACCGCCCUUUGGUUCGACGAACAAUGGCAAGAACUACCAUGUACUAUACCCCAACGGCUCUUCUCCUCUCAAAUCGAAACUGAAAAGGUGAUAUUUUUCACCCCUUUUCCUUGAUAUUAUCCAUCAAAACCUUUUUUCCCAGAACUUCCCAUCCGAAAACGUCACCUUUUCCCCCUUUUUUUUGAAUUCUGAAUUUUCAGCUUCUUGAAGAAGCAUGUUGAAACAUCCCAACCUUCAGCUAUAAAUACCGGCCUUUGAGGGCUGUUUUAGAACAAGUUCAACAAUUGAGAAAAUCCUGUUAUUUCAUAAGUUUUCUUGACAGUUAAAAAUCCCCUUAAGUUCAAGAAAUCAAAAAAAAAUCCCUUUACUUUCACAAAGUGUUUUGAAGGCUGAAAAUUCCCUUUGAGAUAGGCUUAGGAAUUGGAGAGAAAACUUUUAUUUACUUUAAAGUUGAAUUGCAAACCCCUUUUAUUUUCAUAAGCCUUCGUAACUAAAAAAAAAUCCAUAGUUCUUUCGAAGUUCACAGAAAAUCUUGUUUUAACUCUUAAGUUCUUUUGGCUGUAUAAUUUUUGUUGUUCUCGGCUAAGCAAGGAUUUCUUUAAGCGGAUUCGGAGACUCGACGACGACACUAGCCUCAGUUCGCUGUCCCGGAAAAGAUUGGUUUGGGCCCAAAAUAAGUUCAAAAGUGCAGGAUUUCAAAAUGGGGUGGUAACGUUUUUUAAUUGAUCUCAAGAAAUUCACACUGUACGAGGCAAGGUACACUUUGUUGGAACGCACAUGCUGUGCUUUGACUUGGAUCGCACAAAAGUUGAGGCACUACCUAUCUGCGUACACCACGUACUUGAUCUCAAGGACGGAUCCACUCAAAUACAUCUUCCAAAAGCCGAUGCCUACCGGGAAAUUAGCAAAAUGGCAGAUCUUGUUAAUUGAGUUUGACAUCGUUUACAUAACUCAGAAAGCCAUCAAGGGACAAGCAUUGUCGGAUCACCUCGCAGAGAACCCCGUUGACUAUGAAUACAAGCCACUUACCACUUAUUUUCCUGAUGAGGAAGUACUGUUCGCAGGGGAAGAUAUUUCAGAGCCUUAUGCAGGAUAGAGGAUGUUCUUUGACGGAGUGUCAAAUUUCAAAGGAGUCGGAAUAGGAGCAGUUUUGGUUUUUGAGAUAGGUCAGCACUACCCUAUCUCGGCAAAGAUCAGAUUUUCCUGCACGAACAAUAUGGCGGAAUACGAAGCUUGCAUCCUCGGGCUUAGGAUGACAGUUGAUAUGAACAUCAAAGAACUUUUUGGUUAUAGGCGAUUCUGACCUAUUAGUUCAUCAGGUACUAGGAGAAUGGACCACCAAGAAUGUCAAAAUUCUUCCAUACUUACAUUCCUGAAGGCGUUGUGCAAGCAGUUCAGAGAGAUUGACUUCAAGCAUAUUCCUCGAAUCCAAAAUGAGUUUGCUGAUGCCCUUGCGACAUUUUCAUCAAUGAUCCAACAUCCGAACAAGAAUUACAUCGAUCCUAUCAAGGUAGAAAUACACGACCAACAAGCAUAUUGUUUUCAUGUCGAUGAGGAAUUGGAUGGCCAGCCAUGGUACUACGACAUCAAGAAGUUGCUCAAGACGAGAGAAUAUCCGGAAAAUGCUACUAACAAACAGAAGUGGACCUUGAGGAGAAUGGCAAAUCACUUCUUCCUUAACGGAGAAAUCCUUUAUAGGAGAACUUCAGAUCUGGGAUUGCUAAGAUGUGUGGAUGCCACAGAGGUGACAAGGUUGUUAGAAGAAGUACACGCAGGAACAUGUGGACCCCAUAUGAACGGAUUCACUUUGGCAAAGAAGAUUCUGCAAGCGGGAUACUUUUGGAUGACUAUGGUAAGAGACAGCAUUCGCUAUGUACAAAAGUUCCAUCAAUGUCAGGUUCACGGAGAUUUCAUUCGAGUUUCCCCCAAAUGAGCUCAAUGUAAUGAGCUUCCCUUGGUCGUUCGUCGCUUAGGGCAUGGAUGUGAUUGGGCCUAUCGAACCCCCUGCAUCAAAUGGACAUCGCUUCAUCUUGGUGGCUAUUGAUUAUUUCACUAAAUAGGUCGAAGCUUCAAUGUACAAGGCAGUAACAAAGAAGGUGGUAGCAGAUUUUGUUCGCAACAAUAUAGUUUGCCGAUUUGGAAUUCCAGAGUCAAUUAUCACAGAUAAUGCGGCCAAUCUCAACAGCGAUCUUAUGAGAAAGACUUGUGAAAAGUUUAGGAUUGCCCACCGAAAUUCCACAGCUUAUCGAUCACAGAUGAAUGGAGCAGUCGAGGCAGCAAAUAAGAACAUCAAGAAGAUCUUGAGGAAGAUAACAGACAGUCACAGGCAGUGGCAUGAAAAGUUGCCAUAUGCUUUGCUUGGUUACCGUACCACUGCUAGAACAUCCACAGGAGCAACUCCCUAUAUGUUGGUGUACUGUUCCGAAGCUGUGAUACCCGCAGAAGUAGAGAUACCUUCUCUAAGGAUUAUCCAAGAUGUUGGUUUGGAUGAUGCAGAAUGGAUAUGUAGUAGACACGAACAGUUGAUGCUCAUUGAUGAAAAAAGGAUAGAUGCUGUCUGUCACGGUCAACUUUAUCAGAACAGGAUGUCCAAGGCAUUUAACAAGAGAGUAAGGCUUAGGAAAUUCGAACCAGGGCAGCUGGUUUUAAAGCGAAUUUCCUCAUCAAGACGAAGCCAAAGGGAAAUUCGUACCAAAUAGGCAAGGUCCAUACGUGGUGGUUCAUCGAGUGCUUUCAGGAGGAGCAUUGAUUUUGGCAGAAAUGGAUGGUAAAGUGAGCACGAAGCCCAUCAACUCAGACUCGAUCAUGAAGUACUACAUCUGAAGACAUCUAAGUUAGCUUUUUCUUUUCCGUUGUAAUUUGCAUUUCUAUUGUAAUAGAACUAUGCUGACCUGACCUCCCACGGUGGGAUACGUAGGCAACCCACAUCGGGUCCGGUAUCUUGUAAUAGAAAACCCCAAAAAAAAUAUCUUUAUGUAACUGGAACUACGAUUC